UGCUUCUACUUUAUAACUGAGAACAGGUUUGAUAAACCAUCACCUCAUUCUCCUGCGGCCACCGUGACGGUUCUAGGUUCACUUCAGAAACCCUUCAUCAGUGUUAGUGACAAUGAUGUCCAGAUCAACAUAGCCUGUGAUAUACCACUGUCAGUCAGAGCUGAUUUCACCUGUAGUCUCUACACUGAGGAUGUUCUUCUGCACACACGAGUCUCUCAGAAGAUGCAGUCUGGAGAACAUCAUCUGUGUAUGUUUUAUUUAACUCACAGUGAACUCUUCACACAAUCAGAGAACAGCAGAAAUCUGAGCUGUGAUUAUUACAUCAUCAACACUGAACCUGAGAUCAGAUCACCGCGCAGUGACACACGCACCAUCAGAGGUCUUCCUCAGGCCAAGUUAACAGCGUCUGCUUCAGUUAUUGAGGAAACAGACACAGUUCAGCUGAGCUGUGAGAAUACUGAAUAUCUGAAGAUGAAGAUGUGUGUCUUUAACAUCAAUGGAAGAGAAAGUUUCUCAAAAGCGAGUUCAUCAUGUCAGCUCUCACUCACUGGAUCUCAGAUCAGUAUUUGGUCAGAAGGUCAGAGUUCAUCUGUGAGAAUAACCUGCUUCUACACUGUGAACAAGUCACAAGUUCUCAUGCCAUCUCCUCACUCCGAUCCAGUGACAAUAUCAAUCCAGAUUUCAACGCCAGCUGCACAUGUUACAACAACCAUGAAAACCUUUUCGACGCCAGCUGCACAUGUUACAACAACCAUGAAAACCUCUUUACCGUUAAUGUCCACUUAUGAAACGUACAGCACAACUGUUUCCAAGUCAAAACUGCCAAACAGUGAAACAAAGAAAACCACACUUUUCACAGCAACGUCCACUCAAAGAGCUUCACCAAUGGACACAAAAACAGCAAUAGCUGCUAUUUCCACUACUGAGACCCCAACAUCCACCACAACUGUCUCAUGGCUUUUAGUAGUGCUGGUUUUCACUGGUAUUGUAUUUCUGUCUGGACUCAUGGGAUUCAUCUGUCUCUGCCCCUUUGACAGUUCUGAUGACGUUCUCACUGAGGUGAUCUACAGCUCCUGCCAUGUGGAAACAACAUCUCUGUUAUGCUCCUCAAAACAUGGAUGAACCGUUUCAUUUCUUCACUUCUUGCAAAUUUACAGACAACAAAAAGAAUGAUAGUUCAGAAUAGCCACUGAAAUCAUGUAUUAGCACAGCAGGCCAAGGCAUCUUGGAGGUUUUUUCCCACAUUUAUAUUGGGAGAAAAUCAUCUUAUAAUUUACAGUGAAUAGCCAUAGAUCUCUGUGCUCACAUUUGAUGUUUUUUUGUUAUUAGUUAAGUACAUCAGGGUUUUAUGUUAAAUCUUAUGUUGUUUAAUAAUUAUUGCAUUUGUUUAGUGUCAUGUGUUCAUAACACUGCAUUCACCUUCUAUAAAUUAGUACAUCAGCUUAUGGAAAAGCUACUUGUGACGAACUUUAAUUCAUGUGACUUUCUCUUUAUUACAACAUUUUAGUUAUGUAUUAAAAGAUGGAUGCCAUAUCAAUAAUUUGAUUCUUAGCUAUAAAUUAAGAUUAAUAAAUCCAGAUGAGCCCAGUUAAGGAAUUGGUAUGGUGAGAUCUUAUCUUUCAAUAUAAUCUGAGAAUUCAAUUUACCAGCCCUCAGGUAAUAAAAUGUUUCUUUCAGUAAAGUGGUCAUUUUGAUCUUGUCAUUCGAAAAGCGGUCAUUCAAAAAUGAAUCAAAUUGUUCUCAUUCUUUACUAAAAACACUGGUUUCACAACUCAAAACUUCCUCACUAGUCCAAAAACAGCAUUUUUGAUGCUCAUAAUCAUUGCGAGAGAAGAGAUGUAUCUGCUGUGCAAAAAUACAUUCAAGUUUUAUGACAAAGAGCUUGUUCGUGGUGGUCAAAACAUGUUGUCUAAAGUGAAACGACGCUUCUGCU